AUGUUCCUUGGCUUUAGCUACAUCGUAGUUGCUUCACGGUUGGGGUUGACUCGCGCACUUCAACCGUGUAGAACCCGAAGGCCUUCUCUUCUGCAGGACCAACAAUCGCGACCGCCAGGGAUCAAGCCAUUGACAAUGGCUACCGAGCUUGAGAAGUCGACAGCCAAUCUCAAGCUGAGCCAGACGCGAUCCUUGUAUCCACCCAUUAACCCCUACAAGGUGGCCUUUGUUGAUGUUUCUGAUAUUCACACCGUCUACUACGAAGUUUCUGGAAACCCAAAUGGCAUUCCGGUCUGCUUCAUUCAUGGUGGCCCGGGCGGAGGCACCGUCGAUGCUCACCGUCGGUUUUUCAAUCCCGAAAUAUACAAAAUCAUCUUAUUUGAUCAGAGAGGUUGCGGGAGGUCAAGGCCUGCUGCAAACCUGCAGGAGAAUACGACAUGGGCGUUAAUAGAUGACAUGGAGAGAAUCCGAGAAGAACUGUCUAUCGAAUCCUGGGUUCUCUUUGGUGGUAGCUGGGGCUCGACCUUGUCCGUUGCCUAUGCUCAGUGUCAUCCAGACCGAGUUUUAGCGUUGAUUUUGCGUGGAAUAUUCAUGAUUCGUGAGCAAGAGCUGUCGUGGUUAUACGAGCGCAAUGGGGCUGCCAUGUUGUAUCCUGAGCCAUUUCAACGGUACUUGGCAGGGUUACCGGAACGUCUGCGCAGCGCGAGAAGCCUCAUGACAGCUUAUCACAGUAUUCUGAGCAACGAGAAGGCUUCUGUGGAGAGAAAGACUGCGGCCAACGCAUGGACGAAGUGGGAGCAAACUUUGUCGACAUUCCCCAAACCUGGUGAGGUGGAUGAAGCAGACAGCGCAAAAUAUACAGACGAGGAAAACCUAGCGUUCGCGAGGAUUGAAAGCCAUUACUUUGUCAAUCGCGGCUUUGUUGAGGAAGACGGUUUUUUGAUAUCGGAAGAGCAGAUGAAAAAAAUUCGCCAUAUUCGCACCGUCAUUGUGCAGGGCCGGUGGGAUAUGGUUUGUCCUCGUAAAACUGCGUUCGAUCUGGCCCAGAAGUUCCAUGGAAAUGCGGAGGUUGUGAUUGUGGAAAACGCUGGCCACUCUACUUUUGAAUCGGGUAUUGAGCAGGAGCUCCUGCAAGCGACCGAAACAAUAGGGGAAGAGUUUAAAAGUAUGUGCAAUGGUACGGUCGCUGACCGAUGAAGCAGACUUUGAGGCUUCUAGAGAUUGACUGCGGUGAAUACCGAAAGCAACUAUUCGAAAGAAUUGGCCAACCGUUUCUGCAACUGAGUGAUAGGCGAGAGAGGAAAACUUUCGAAGUAAUGAUUUUCUCUUGAGUAAGAGGUUUCAAGACAUGCACCGCGGUUCACAAAAUGUACAACUCUAAUCGGGUUCUAAUGCCCAAAGCUUAGAGAACGCUACAGCGAGGCAUCCGACCCCGCGAUUAAGACUUCAGACGAUGCGGACACGCUAAAGUAUUGACCUGCGCAACGGAGCUGCUGUAGUUUUGUUCCUCAUCUCGACGGUGCUGCCAGCAACUACAUUUUGCCUAAACGCUGUUUGUACAUGUUUAAUAUUUGCAUACCUCGUUCACACCUGGUCAAGCAGUAGCGAGAGUGCAAUCUACAGUAUUCACUGCUACUCUAGGGCGAAUGCGGGUGGCUUGAAGUGACAUGAAUGCACAAUACCUAAUUCAGCCGAUAGCCUCGUGCUGAGUGCCACGGGAUUGUUUUCAAUUGUGGUGGCGAUGAACAUACAAUGCGCACAUUUGGCAGCAUCAUGACACAGCCGAAACGAUGCCGCACAGCUUGCAUAUCUCCAUUUUUCUUCGAUGCUCAAGACUGCCAAAGAAUCCCACAAACAUUGACGAGACAUGAAAACGUAAGCCGCACGAAAUGCAGUCAUGUCAGGCCUGUUGUAUUCAACACUCUUGACUUCGUCAUUGGCCUUGAAGCAGUUUGAAUUGGGUUGUUAUCUAGAGACUUUGUGCCUGCACGUUUUGGAUAUAAAGGAGGUAUCAAUCAGCUGCUUCAUCUUUCUUCCACGCCAGUAGAGGUUGCGUAUGUCUCCAAGUUCAUGGACCACAACUCUUUGAUGCAGCACGAGCCCCACCGUAGGAGUAGGGGGCCCACGAAAUCAGGAAGAAAGCUAAAGACAGAGUGACUCCCGACGUAAAUGAUAUGCGUGGUUGCAAUUCUGAA